GUUGCUGUGAAGGACUCUGGCAUCUGGUGGAUAGAGAAUAAAUCCCUUACAGCUUCUUCUACAUCAGUUCCCACAAUCUCCCAGCAAGACUGGAAGAAGAGGGAUGAAAAACCAUCCGGUCCGGAAUCACUAUUGAGAUCAAUCCCAAGCACAGCCUCCCUGACUUUCUCCUUACUCGGGAGGUCACAGAGGUUGACAAGGUCGACCAACUGCGGGAUGGUCGGAAAGAGAGUCGGGUCGGGGUGCAUAAGCAAGUCCCGCUCAGAGGAAAAGAUAGA